GGUGAAGGGUUUAGGAAUUUAAUAAACCCUUUUCAUCGGGUUUAUUAUUCUACGAAUUUUUUUUACAGUGAAGUGACAUAAUAGCAAAAGGAUUUGUUUUGUGUAAAAAUUUACCAAUAAAAAAAACGUUAGCGGAUAACAGUGUUGAUAACGAACAGGGUGUGGGUGGGUGCAGUUAUGGGUGAGUGUAGGUGUGUAAGUGUGGCUGCGGGUGUGGGCGUCGGUGUUGUCUUUGCCCAUAUUCACACCUACAUCCACCCGCACUCACAUCCGAUACCCGCACCUUCAAGAGAAGUCUUACAUCCACACCCACAGGCACACUUCACACCCACACCCACACUCACAGCUCACACUCAACCUCACAUCCACACCUCAGACUCCGCACACCCAUACCUACACCCCACUGUAAGCUGGUGAGUGGUAAGGGCCAGCUACGGUCAGACCGGGUCCGGGCAAGUACCGAUUAUCCGUAGACCUGGUUACGGUGGGCGAGUCCCAGUAAGAAACGGUUAUCGAUUAGACCGGUUAUCAUCACGGAUGUAUCUAUACUGAGUACCCAGUCGUUCAGUCGCGACUGGAACUAGUCUAUUCCUAGAUUUUGAGUGAUUCAAAGCCCAAAUGGAUCACUGUGAUGCAAGCGGUAUCAACAGGAGAAGUAAAAAAAGAUUGUUUUUGUCGCAGCACGAAGUUGGUUUCUUCCAAGCGAGAGAUAUGUGUGCCUCUUUGCUUGGUUUUUUUCUUGUACUUUCUCUUUUUAUUUUACUUGAUGUAAUUUUUCAUUUUUCUUAUAUUUUAAAUCAAAGCGAGAACGAUUUGUUUCUUCUAGAUAGUGUGACGCAUUAAAGUAAAAUGCUUUCUGACCUCGAUGCUAACUGCCAGCAGAAGCAGUAUUACGACAAUUUGAAUAUAAAAUUAUAUUCUGGCUUCUCUCUCCUCAGUUUUGGAUCGCAAUCUUCGUUGCAUUUAACACCGGAAUCUGCAAAAUUUAUCUGGUACCAAUUGUUACCGCGCUUGGUAAAAGACGUUCAAUCUGAUCCUCGUACAGUGAACAGUACUAAUAACUCUCUCGAUAUUUUCGAUAAGAUUAGAAAGUAUGUUGCUAAAGAUGAUGAUAGUUGCGCACUGGAUGAAUUUCAGAAACAGUACAAUCCGACGAAUGCUGUCUAUUGGUAUACGAAAAAUACAUUUAUCUACCGUCUUGUUAAUAAAGCGAUAAAAACACGUGAUAUUGAUAUUCUAUAUACUUUAAAAUCACUUAUUGUCGAUCUACAAACCCAACUUGAACAGUUAUCUACUGCUGCUCCGAAAAAGCUGGCAUCAUCGACAGUUACUCUAUAUCGAGGCGCUCGAAUACGUUCAAAUGAAUUGGAACAAUUAAAAGUUAAUGUCGGUAGUUUUAUUUCAUUAAAUACAUUUACGUCAACUUCGCGAGAGCGAGAUAUUGCCUUGACCUAUGCUGAAGCCUAUUCAUCCACUGACAACGAUAGUGAUGUUUAUCCAAUUAUAUAUGAAAUCAACUGUAGUGUUGGAAUACACUCUGCCGUCUUUGCUGAUGUUGAACAAUAUGGUACAAAUCUAAAUGAAAAGGAAGUCUUAUUUGGUUUCUCAACUGUUUUUGAAAUUACAAGUGUUGAAUCGAAGGACGAUAUUUGGACCGUUAAUUUAUGUAAUACAAAUAAGCAUACUCAGCUAAUUGACCAUUAUCUCGAUGUAGCGAAACAUGAAAUGAAAGAAAGUUCCUCAGAGCUGCUCUUUGGACGUCUCCUUUUAUACUUAGGUGAAUAUAAAAGAGCUGGUACGUACGUUAAAGAAAUUGCACCAAUUCUACUUGGGGAGGAUAAAUAUGAAAGUUUGGCACGAUUUUGUUUUGACAUUGGACGUCGAUAUUACCUAAAUGGUGAAAUUGAUUUUGCUCUGGAUACUUAUUAUUCAACCUUGAAGUAUUCAACAAAUCAUACGCUUGUUGUAUGUACACUAUAUACAAUUGCUAAUGUGUAUUUUGAACGAAAUGAUUAUGAGCGAGCACUUAAUUAUUAUGAAAAAAUACUUGAAAGUGAAAAGUCGUUGUAUGACUGUGAUAGUUUACCAUCAGCAGUUUACACUGCAAUUGGUAUGAUUUAUCAAAGUACGAAAGAGUACGAAAAAGCACUAUAUCAUUAUAGAAAAGCAAUGGAAAUCGACUUGAACCACGACUCUUUAAGUCUAGCAAAUUCGAUGGACAAUAUAGCUUCAGUCUAUGAACAGAUGAAUAGCUAUAAUACUGCACUAGACUAUCAUGUGAACGCACAAAAAAUACGACUGAAAGUUGUACCUCCAAAUCAUAUGUCUAUUGCAACAAGUUUUCUUAAUCUGGCAUCUCUUUAUACAUUAGUUGGAGAAAAGAAACUGGCCUUGGAGUGUUAUCUAAAAGUAUUAUAUAUUCAAAAGUUGAAUUUACAAGAAAAUCAUGCGGAAAUGAAUGAAACAAUAGCAAAGAUCAUUCAUCUAGGAUUUAGUGAAGGUAGGAUAAAUUUAUACAGGGUGUUUCAAAAGUCACACUAUGCUACAACAGCCUUGGAUUUCUCCGCCAUCUUUUGACCAAAUGGGAUGAUAUUUUUACCACUGAUAAAGGAGUAUUCAUAGUUCAUACUCAUGAGAAGAAUGUUGAAAAAUACUACUUUGAAAUAUCACCACUAGCUCAAUAAAGAACUAUAGCCUUUCACCAGCUAGGAAAAAAUAUAUGUAUUGGUUCGCUGGUCAACAAUAAACAGCACAUCUAAUUUUGUAUUAUACACAAUAUGUAGUGUGGAAGAUUAUUGAAGAAAUGUAGAGAAAUCAGAUUUAUCGUUUAUGUUUGACCAGCGAACCAAUACAUAUGUUUUUUCCUAGUUGGUGAAAGGCUAUAGUUCUUUAUUGAGCUAGUGGUGAUAUUUCAAAGUAGUAUUUUUCAACGUUUUUCUCAUGAGUAUGAACCAUGAAUACUUCUUUAUCAGUAGUAAAAAUAUCACCCCAUUUGAUCAAAAGAUGGCGGAGAAAUGCAAGGCUGUUGUAGUGCAGUGUGACUUUUGAAACACCCUGUAGAAGC